GCUAACCCUUCGAAUAGAACCCCACCUUUCAGAUUAGAGCGUGCGAGGGAAGAGAAGAAGCACAGGGGAGAGCAUAUUCCCGUUGCUUUUCUCUGCCAUCACACAGAUCUUUUCUCCACCAAGUUUUCAGUUGUUCGGCUGCUGUUAUUCUUCUUGUCUUCGUACUUGUAACCGAUUCUUGAUUGUUGCCUCGAAGUCUAUCUUCCUUGAUAUUGGUGUUUGAAUUUUCUAUCAUGUUUAAUCGUUGCGCUGAACCCUUUCGUUUGCAAUCUUCAUCUGGGAAAUUUGCUGUUCUUUGAAAUUUUCGUGAAAUGUGGGUGCUGGUGGUGAUUUUGUGAGAGUACAGAAAUCUUUCAGAACGGGUAAGGCCGUAAAAGGAUGGGAAGAAAGGGAUUUCCUUUGUUGGAGAGCAAGAAGGAUGGAUUUCCUUCCUUUCCUGAUUUAGGGUUUUCAUGGAAUCUUCAAGAGGAUUUCUAUCCUCUUGGGGGCUUGUUUGCGAGUGUGGGGCAGAUGGGAGUUGGGUUUGGAAUUUCACCUAGCCCUCCUAAUUGUAGAGAAAAUAGUGCGGCGGCAUCAACGGAUCUGUAUUUGAAGUAUGUAUCUUCAGAGUUUAUGCAUCGGAUUCCGUCAGAAGCUGUGGUUGCGGCUGCUGGUGUGAUGGAGGAAGAUGGUUUUAAGAAGGCGGAGAAGAGGUUUAGUGGAAAGUUGAAGAUUAGGAUUGGGAAUCCGUCGUUUAGGAGAUUGGUCAGUGGGGCUUUUGCUGGGGCUGUUUCAAGAACAGCAGUUGCUCCGCUGGAAACAAUUCGAACGCAUCUAAUGGUGGGUAGCAGUGGGAAUUCAACGGCUGAGGUUUUCGAGAAUAUUAUGCAGAAAGAUGGGUGGAAGGGGCUGUUUCGUGGCAACCUUGUUAACGUUAUUCGAGUUGCUCCUAGUAAAGCCAUUGAGUUAUUUGCCUAUGAUACAGCAAAAAAGUUUUUAACGCACAAGUUUGGCGAGCCAUUCAAGAUUCCUGUCCCAGUUUCACUUAUUGCUGGAGCCUGUGCUGGAAUCAGUUCCACCCUCUUAACAUAUCCUCUUGAACUACUAAAGACCAGGCUUACCAUAGAGAGAGAUGUAUACGACAAUCUCUUCCACGCAUUCGUGAAAAUCUUGCGAGAUGAAGGGCCGUCGGAGCUCUAUCGAGGCCUCACUCCAAGUUUGAUCGGUGUAGUUCCAUAUGCUGCCACUAAUUAUUUUGCCUACGAGACAUUGAAGAAGGCUUACAGGAAAACCUUUGAUAAGGAGGAUAUUGGCAAUAUCCCAACUCUUCUAAUUGGAUCCGCAGCAGCUGCAAUUUCCUGUAGUGCUACUUUUCCAUUGGAGGUUGCACGCAAGCAAAUGCAGGUUGGAGCUGUCAAUGGCAGAAAAGUCUACAGGAACAUGCUUCAUGCUAUUCUUACCAUAUUGGAGAAGGAAGGAAUUGGGGGAUUGUAUAAAGGGUUGGGGCCUAGUUGCAUGAAGCUGGUGCCAGCCGCAGGCAUCUCUUUUAUGUGCUAUGAGGCGUGCAAGAAGAUACUGAUUGACAAAGAAGAUGAUUGAGGUACAGCAGAGUUCUGAAUUAGUUAACUGACCUUUUAUUUCUUUUAUAUUUUGUCAUGAAUCUUGCCUCGGCUAUGGCUUCAUAUUUUUUGCUUAUUUAUUUGUGCACUUAUACCUUAUAUCAAUUGACAGUAAUUGGUGUUUCAAAUAAUAGGAGACCAGUUUUUUAACGUGAAAGCCAAUGCAAACUAAUAAAGGUCAAGAGAAUUUUUUUCC